CGUAUCGACAAACGCGUAACGCAUAAGGUCGCAUACAACACAACCUCGCAUUGUUGUGUCGCAAGCAACACUUUGUCCACGCUCUGCCCACCUUGCCUAGUAACUCCCUUUGGUGUGCCAGGGGGCGAAAUACAUAAUUAGGUGGAGCUGACAUUGGAGGUAAAAGCUCUCAUUAAUUCAGAAUGAAUACCGACCAGACUGGUGUUCGUUUUCUUUGUGUCUGCACUAAGUAUAAUCGCGGGCAGCCUCACGAAGUCUCAUACACGUCCUGGUACCGCCAUCUUAAUGAAGCAACCACCGAAGAAGAAAAGCAGAAGAUGCACACCGCGAAGGCUUUUGGUUUGAAAGUGCUACCUAUUUCAGAUCCUUCUGUACAAGCCUCAGGCAGUUCCGGACAUCCAGUGCCUAGCACUGGUGGCCUGGAGGAUGUUCCUGCAGGUGAUGUCCACGACAUGUCCUUAUCAGCCAGUGCUCGUCGUGCUGCCACCUUGCGAGCACUUGCAAAGCGAGCGCGCGAGAGUGCCGAUUCUCAACGCUUUGUAGGUCGACGCAAGCGGGCCAAGACCGAAGUG